AUGCAAAUGGAUGAGGAGAGCUCCAGUGGAGGAAAGUUGCCCCAGAGACUGGCUGCGGAUGCCGUUGCGGCUUCGGUCGCCGCCACAGUGGUUACCCCAGUGGUCACAAUCAUGGACAGUCCCCGCAAACCAACAUGCAUAUCUCGUAUCUGCCCGAGCCAAUGCUCGGGCCUGGUCCGCCGUAUCUGUGUCGGAUGUCGCAAUCCGACAGCCUAUCAGUACGUGGAUAUGAAAAUUAUCGAUGAUGUGGACGAAGUGUUUGGUGCGUAUGAUGAGCCAUACACUCUGGAUAUGGUAGCUGCUAUACUUGCACUUCAGGACGGUAUCAUUCACGCGUUGAAAUACGAUGGAAACAUAUGA